AUGGGGGACGAUCUUAAAGUCCUCCCAGCAGGAGCUGGAUACGGCAUCGUCAUUGGCAUUGGAGGCGUCUUCGCAAUCUUCAUGCUAUGCCUGACCUGGCUGCAAAACCGAUACACCAACUUUUCUACCCACCGUGCAGAGGAGUUCAACACCGCUUCUCGUUCAAUCAAACCGGGCCUCAUAUCCGCCGGCAUCGUAUCCUCCUGGACGUGGUCCGCAACGCUUCUCACCAGCUCGACCUUCGCAUACAGUUAUGGCGUCUGUGGACCGAUGUGGUACGGCGCAAUGGGCACACUGCAGAUCCUCUUGUUUGCGCUUAUUGCGAUCAAAAUCAAGGCGAACGCGCCCGGCGCUCACACUAUGCCGGAGAUCGUACUCGCGAGGCACGGAAAGAUCGCGCAUCUCACGUACCUCUACAAUGCCCUUGCGACGAACAUGCUGGUCGGCGCAUGCCUGGUGCUUGGCGGAGCUCAGGUCGUGGAGGCAUUGACGGGGAUGAAUGUCUACGUUGCGAAUUUCCUGAUUCCCGCGGUUGUUGCGGCGUAUGUCAUUGCGGGUGGACUGCGUUCGACUUUCAUCGCGGACUAUACCCAUACUGUGAUCUUGUUUAUCGCGAUCCUGGUGUUCGGGUUUCUCAUCUCUGCGACGAGCGACUUGGUUGGCAGCCCCGCAAAGCUCUACGAACUCCUUCAGGAGGCGUCCAAGAAUAUGCCGAUUGAGCGGAACACAGAUGGCUCCUACUUGGCUUUCCACUCUGUAGGAGGUCUGAUCUUUGCAAUUGAUCUCUUUGUGGCCGGGUUCACGACGGUUUGGCUGGACCAAGCUUACUGGCAACGUGCUAUUGCCUCCAGACCGGAGACAGCCGUUAAAGCGUACAUGCUUGGUGGGAUCGCGUGGUAUGGAAUUCCAUUCGGUUUCGCAACUGCCAUGGGACUAGGCUGCGCAGCCCUCACCAACAACCCAGCCUUCCCUACCUAUCCCAACCCACUAUCAGCAGAACAAGUCUCCGCUGGGCUCUCCGCGCCAGCAACGGCCAUUGCCUUGCUGGGAAAAGGCGGCGCAGUCUUGAUGCUGAUUCUACUCUUCAUGGCGGUCACCAGCUCAACAUCCGCCGAACUCAUCGCCGUCUCGUCACUACUGACCUUUGACGUAUACAAAACCUACUUCCGUCCUCAUGCGGACUCGGCGACCCUCGUCCGCGUCAGCCACUGGGGCAUCGUGAUCUUCGCACUUGUUCUCGCGGCCUUCUGCUGCAUCCUCAACGCAGUCGGUCUUAGCCUUACCUGGCUCUUGACCGUACUAGGCGUGAUCGUGGGUGGCGCCUCGCUCCCAGUAGGGCUUAUCCUGCUCUGGGACCGUAUGUCCACGGUUGCCGCUAUCGCAUCGCCGUGGAUCGGCCUUGCAUGCGGUAUCAUUUGCUGGUUCAUCACGACGUGGAAGCGCUCCGGGGAGAUCAGCGUCGAGGCGACGGGCGACGGGACCAACGCCGUGGCCGGUAACCUCGCAUCGUUCGGUGUCGGGAUUAUUUCGGCUGUGAUCUUGAGUCUGCUCUUUCCAAAGAAGCAUAUUUCGACAGACCCGACGCACAUGGAGCGCUCUAACAGGAUCCUUGGCGUUGCAGUGGAACCUGAAAAGAACGAAACAGUUGACCUACCGAGUAAAGAGGGCAAGGAAUCUGCUCCGACAGAUAUCAAUGAGGUGGCUGAAUCUCCGACAAGGGAAGGGGCACCACCGCCCAAGAAUGAAGUCGUCGAGUUCCUCGAAUCGAAGCAGAUAGAGCCCAUGGAUCCAGUUCUCGUGAAGAAAGCUGAGAGAAUUGCAUGGACUGCGAAUGCUAUAUUCAUUCUGGUUGCGGUGAUAUUGGUCCCCUUCACGUUGUUCGGGACACGCUAUGUCUACAACCAGAGGUUCUUUACCGGCUGGGUGGUAGUGUCGCUGAUGUGGAUCUGGGCAAGUGUCUUGAUCUGCGUGGUAUAUCCGGUGGUGGAAAGCGCCGGUGCGUUGAGAGACAUCACUCGGGGCCUGUGGAUGGAUCUAAGAGUUACGAUGGGUGUCAGGAAGCCGAAGGUCUCUGAUUCACAGGCAGCUUAA